GUAAGCCAAUCGGCUAAUAUGUUCGCUCCAGGAGUGAAUUAGAUUGAGGUAAAAUGGCGACCGCGGAACCGCAAACCAUUUCAAAUCGCACAAAUCCUGAAGAUGAAAAAGCUGAAGCAACUGGCCAAGAAGUUGUCAGCACUGAACACUACGUCAAACACCCACUGCAGAACAGAUGGGCCCUUUGGUUCUUCAAGAAUGACAAAAGCAAAACCUGGCAAGCGAAUCUCCGUCUGAUUUCCAAGUUUGAUACAGUUGAAGAUUUCUGGGCCCUUUAUAAUCAUAUUCAGCUGUCAAGCAAUUUAAUGUCUGGCUGUGACUACUCACUUUUCAAGGAUGGGAUUGAGCCCAUGUGGGAAGAUGAAAGAAAUAAACAAGGAGGAAGAUGGCUUAUUACUCUUACAAAGCAACAAAGACGAUCUGACUUGGAUAGAUUCUGGCUAGAAACUCUGCUCUGCCUCGUAGGUGAAGCUUUUGAUGACCAUAGUGAUGAUGUAUGUGGAGCAGUAGUCAAUAUUAGAACAAAAGGAGAUAAGAUAGCAAUAUGGACAACUGACUAUGAAAAUAAGGAUGCCAUUACACAUAUAGGGCAAGUGUACAAGGAAAGGUUAGGAGUCCCACAAAAGGUAAUUAUUGGCUACCAGUCUCAUGCAGACACUGCUACUAAAAGUGGCUCCACUACAAAGAACAAAUUUGUUGUUUAAGAAGACUUGACUUUUUUUUUCUUUUUUUGAGACUGCGUAAAGCAAUCCAGAUCUGGGAGUUAAAAACCAAAGUUUCUCCUAAGCAGAGUGGACUGCAUUCUGACAAUGUCAAUCUGAACAGAGGCGACUCUUCCAUCAUUGAAUGUGUCAGAAUGCAUUGUCCAUUUAUUUAUUAACAUUUAUUUUGUGUUUGUAACAAUCCAUUAACCACAAAGUACUGCCAAACUACUUUGAUAUGAAGAAUUAGAAUUAGAAAACCAUGUUAUUUUUAAGGCCUAGAUGAUGUUGAUAGUUUGCCUAAAUGCUGGUUUAACAUGUUCUUAAUUUUUUUCAUUCUUCAGCACAGUGAUAUUCUGUGCAUUGGUUGUUUUUUUUUUUUCUUUAGGUAAAAGAUAUAGCUUCCUUCAUUAUUUUGUAGUUCAUAAAGCUCAUAGUGUGAAAAUAUCUCAAUUUAUGUUUGCAUUCACAUGUUUUGUUUAAGUAUUAACAUUAUUAUUAAAAACAUUCAUAAGAAUUUUUGCAGUUUAAGUAUUUUAUUAGGUUUGUAUUAUGAUUCUUUUUGUUUGGAAUGUCUUAUUUUAAGAAAUUUAACCUGUAAUUUUACAUUCCUUGCUAGAAAUGGGGAGAUGAAUUGAAAGCCU